AUGCUUGGUAAUAAAGCUGUUUGUGAUUCUGACUUGUCCAGUUGUGUCAGUGUAGAGUGUGUGUUUGAGCUGCUGCGGUGUGUUUCAGAGAUCAGUGACCAGUGUCUGCCGCUGCCGUGUCACACGGACGGUUCUGAGCGCUGUGUGGACGGUCAGGGCUCCUUCACCUGUGUGUGUAAAGCGGGAUGGAGAGGUCAGCGCUGCGAGCAGAAUAUUAAUGUGUGUGAAGACCCAGAAUUCCCUGCGGGCUGCAGCCAAACGUGUCACAACCUCCCCGGCAGCUUCAUGUGCGGCUGUGAGAAGGGCUUCUACACCCUCAACAACAUCCACUGCAUCAUUGAGGAUAUCAGUGAGUGUAUCCUGUACCCCAGUGUGUGUGUGGAACCUUCUAAAUGUGUUAACACUCCGGGAACGUUCGAGUGCCGCUGCCCGCUGGGAUACCAGUACAACAUGAGCUCACACGAGUGUGUCGAUCUGGAUGAGUGUGAGCAGCAGGUGUGUGAGGGCGAGUGUGUGAACACCGUGGGCAGUUUCUCAUGUCACUGUGACGGGCGUAAAGGAGUGCGGCUGGCGAAGGACGGCCGUCAGUGUGAGAAGAUCCCCGAGUGUCUGGAUCUGUACGACUAUAAACAUGAGGAGAUGCUGUAUCUGGGAGAGCAGUUCUCCGGUUUACCCGUCAUUUACCUGCGCUUCCGUCUGCAGGCCGACACCAAGUACGCCUCUCACAGUUAUCAUGUGUUUGUGAGGAAUGCUGGGAUAGCAGCUGAUCUGCAGGUGUUUGUGGACGGCGUGUGUGUGGCGACGCAGCAGUCUCUGAUGCUGUGUUAUCCGGAGCGGAUGCUGGUGGAGAUGAGAGCGUCGGCCGACGGGAUACAGGUCACGGCAAACUCCUCCAGCGUGUCUUACAGCGACUCCGAGACGCUCAGCGCGCCUCUAACCAGACUCUCCAGCGCCAUGCAGGCUCCUGUCCACACAUACAUCGGAGGACUGCCAGAUCUGCCACUGUCCGUCUCUCCGGUCUCGGCCUUCUACCACAGCUGUCUGGAGAUCAGUGUGAACGGACGGGAGCUGGACUUCCACGAGGCCGUCAGUAAAGACAACAGCAUCAAGUCUCACUCCUGUCCUCCUGUCUCCGCCCCGGACCCAGCCGCUCUAGACAGGAAGUGA